AUGGCGGAGACGUCGGAUAAGGCGGUGAUCCUGGACGAUUCCACGGUCUUGUCCAAGGGACGGCGAACGGGAUGGACGCUGUUCGGGCUGUCGGUGCUCAUGGGGACGUUUUGUUUGGCGCUCAUGGCGACGUUCGCCGCCGAGCUGGCGAAGACGGUGGGCGACGGAGGAUGCCCGAAGUACUCGGACUCGGAUUUGCUCAAGGAAAAUUGGUGCAAGUGUGGGACGAGUAGUGGGAACCCGCCGAGCGUCGGUCCGUGCAAUAUCGGGGGAACCGUCGAGUUUUUUGCGGACACGUACACGGCGAAUGCGUGCCCGAACGCGUGCUCGGGCGCGUGUAACGCAGACUCUUCGCAAGUUAGUGACAGCGACGCUGUUGCGUCUUGGAAAGCAAUGCUCACUCGGUUUGACAAGUGCAGGUCUAACGUUAAAAAAGUUCGUGAGUGCCUGCCGACUGAGGAUACCGACGGGCAGUUGGCAAACUACCGUGGACCAAAGUUCGCGCACCCGUCACUCUCCUUGUCGGCCACGUCGGCUUUCAUCCAACGCGACGCCUUCUUGGACGCGUGCGACGCUCAGGCGACAUAUGUCGAUCGCCGUGAACGAGGUGGCGUCGGUGUUCUCGCUAUGAUUUGUCUCGCGCUCGUGACUUGGAUCGUCACGUCGCUAUACGUGCUCCGUAAACCAAACUACGCCAGGUAUCCUCGGGAAACCAUCAUGCAGCCGCUGACGAAAAUCGGUGAGAAAUUUUCAUUCAACCAUCGAUACCAUCCUGAUUCCAUGUGGCUCUGGUACUCCUCUUUCAUGGGUCUUUUCGGAGUCGCUGUGCAGUUGUACUCGUUCUACACACCGACGACGACGGAUAUUCGCAUCCCCAUCGUUCAAGGCGUUUGGGUCACUGUGGAGAUCGUCACGCGAGGUUUUCUCUUACUGCUCGAUAAGUUCACGGUGCUUCAAGCCAGCUCCAUCUUCUUCGAUAUCGGCUUCGCUGGCAUCGGUUUCAGCGCUCUGAUGGAACCUUUCUUUGAGCCAAAGAUAACAACGAAACUUCCCGAGGUGGAUGAAUCCGUCACCGAUUACGCGUUGGCCAUUCGCGUUCUCUCGUUCGUGUAUCCGCUCAUCAUGUCCGCGAAACAGGUUAAAGACCUUUAUGUUGAUAACUACUGGCCAGCACCGGCGACAGCACACGCUAUGGCGGAGAAGAAGCGCUCGUUCAAGCGCACCGUCAUCAAGCUCGUGCUGUUGGGCCUUCAGCUCGGCGCCGCCAGUUCUGUAUACGGUAUUAUGGGCGAUAAGACUCUCUGUCACCAGUUCCGCACGUGCGCGCGAACGACCUGCGAACCAAACAUUCCCCAUGGCGCUCCUCUCGAUGGCCUUCUCAUCAACGGUAACAAGGGAUACCGUCAAGAAAUGAUCUCUGAAGACGGCAUUGAGAAGUGGCGUUGGGGUAUCAACUCUCAGACCAAGUUGAAAUUUGUGAAAUCCAGCGGUAAACUCUACGCCGACGUGGAGUUUGCCGUCCCGAACGGAGCGAUUGAGAACGACGUGAGCAAUCCUGGUGGGAAUGGCGCAAGUGGAUCUGUUGGUGGAUAUACAGCGCCGACGCAGUCGUGCGGUACUCGCUUCGAAAUUCAGUGCCAAGAAGUGAAUCCUCGCCAUGCCUUUGAAGAACUCACUGGCACGUACGAAUGGGUCAAGUAUAACACGUCUUCUUACAAGCUCGUUGCGACGCACGAUUAUGAACAAACAUCUGGCGACCCAUCGUGCUUCAGCAGUAGCACGCCGUGGGGACCAACAAACGCAAUGUUCAUGGCGUCCAACUCCAUGCGUGUCGGCGGUACCGUCGCGAAUCCGGAUCUCGGUUACGUUCUCGAAGAGAAUUCGUGCGAUGAGGGUGGCUCGUACUCUGAGUACUGCCUGAUUCAGCCGCCUUACGUCGCAGUCUACGCAGCUUACGGACGCUCAACCGUGCCGUCUGGUUCUCUCACGUUGGGAGCGUCUUCGUUGUCCAGUGUCUCAAGCAACUGGUACACAUCAACGAGCUCGUUCAAUCUCAAUCUAGAUAAAAAUUUGGUCGUCGCCCUUGGCAGCUCUUCGUCUUCCGGCGGUUCCAACACCGGCGGUUCCAACACCGGCGGUUCCAACACCGGCGGUUCCAACACCGGCGGUUCCAACACCGGCGGUUCCAACACCGGCGGUUCCAACACUGGCGGUGGCGGGGGUGGUUGCACGCCGCCGCCGUGCUCGUGCACAGGCUCCAAUUGCCCGGGGCCCUCGUGCUCGGGCACGUGCACCUGCACCGCGUGGACGUGUCCUUCUGGCUGUUCUUCUUGCCCGCCUCGCAAACAGUGCGAGAACGGCUCCCCCACCGCCAUCGUGACCAGUGGGUCGUGCACUGGGAUGCAGCCGUGA